AGGGAGAGGUUACUUGGGAAAGGCGGGCCGAGACAGAGUGCUAUUAGCUCCCCCACCCAUCCGCACCUCCCAAACCUGUUAUACGCUGCUGAUCUUCCCUGCUUUGUGAAACCCCUUAAGUCUUGUCGGGGAAACCUGCUUCACAGGAAUUUAGCGCAAUGUUAACAGAACUUUUUACCCCCACUGUGGCCCCAUUUUGAGGCUCGAAAAUUGUCGUGACUACUCAAUGAGCGCUGAGAAUGGGGAAUAAGGGGUAGAGAGAAUUUGAGAGACGGGGAAGCGGGUAUAGAACUCCUUAGAGAUAGCAAGAACUGCAGAUGCUGGAGUCAGAGUUAACACAGUGUGGAGCUGGAGGAGCACAGCAGGCCAGGCAGCAUCAGAGGAGCAGGAAAGUUGACGUUUAGGACCCUUCUUCAGAAAUCCACACUUUCUGUAGAACUCCUUGUAGCUAUUGCUGCCCAAAUUGGGGAGCUGUGGUUUAGAGUCCAUGCUCUUUCUUCUUAGAGCUUCAAAUGUCUGUCCAAGUCAAUUUUUUUAAAGUUAGCAUUGAACCUGUUUCCACCUCUUUCUCAGACUGUGCAUAUCAAAUCCUCCUCAUCCAAGGUGAUCAACUGUCCGGUAAUUGCAAGGUUGACUAUUAUUUCUGACUGUGGCGAUGCCGUUUGUCCCUUGUUUCUAAGACAGCCUGCAGGUCUAUAAAAUAAAAACAAAAUACUGCAGGUGCUGUAAAUCUGAAAUCAGAAAUGAGAAAAUGCUGGAGAAACUCAUCUGGCAGUAUCUGUAGAGAGAGAAACAGAGUUAAUGUUUUGAGUUUGCAAAUGACUUCUUCAGAGCUUGCUUUUUUGAGUGCUCUUCCCCACACCCUUCCCUAGGGCACUGGUUCUUCUACCCUUCUAAUGUUAAGUUUGAAGCAUCCCUUAUUUUGUUUAGUAAAUGACAGUUAUCUGGCUUCUAUUCCCAGCAACUCCAUUCAAAUUGUCAGAUUGUCAAGGCCUGUGGAGCCAUGGUGAUCCCCUAGGGAUUCAGUUAAGAUGUCAGAAGAGUCCAGGCCUCGCACUGUAAUUUUUGGCCAGGUGGUUAUUGGGCCACCUGGUUCGGGGAAGACUACCUACUGCAUGGGGAUGCAAGAGUUUCUCUCGAAGCUAGGUCGCAAGGUGGCAGUAGUGAACCUUGAUCCUGCUAAUGACCUCAUUCCAUACCAGUGUUGUGUGGACAUUGGUGAGCUGGUGAAACUUGAUGAUGUUAUGGAUGGCCUUGGACUGGGCCCUAAUGGAGGACUCGUUUACUGCAUGGAAUACUUGGAGGCAAAUCUGGAUUGGCUACUGGACAAGCUGGAACAAUUCAAGGACUGUUAUUUCCUUUUUGACUGUCCUGGUCAGGUGGAGCUGUACACACACAACUGCUCUGUGAGGAACAUCCUUGCACAGUUAACCAAGUGGAAUUUCAGGCUAACGGCUGUCCACCUGGUCGAUUCUCACUACUGCACUGAUCCUGCAAAGUUUAUUUCCAUCCUAUGCACAUCCCUGUCCACCAUGCUGCAAGUGGAAUUACCUCAUGUCAACAUCCUCUCCAAAAUGGAUCUCAUUGAACAGUUUGGAAAAUUAGCAUUUAAUCUGGAUUAUUAUACUGAGGUGUUGGAUCUGUCUUACCUGUUGGAUCAUUUAGGGAAAGACCCUUUCUUCAAAAACUUUCGACGAUUAAACAAGAAACUGGUGGAAGUGAUUGAAGAUUACAGUCUGGUUUCCUUUAUACCACUUAAUGUGCAGGAUAAAGACACCAUGAAGCACGUAAUGAAGGCUGUUGAUAAGGCCAACGGAUACUGCUUUGGGGACUCGGAGCAAAGAACUUUGGAAGCCAUGAUGUCUGCAGCUGUGGGAGCAGAUUUCCAGUUCACCAUAUCCAUGGAUGCUCAGGAGAAGUAUGUGAAAUCAAUUGAGGAGAAUGUGGAGGAGGAGGUGAUGCAGCUCUCCCAUUCAGACACAAACUUUGACACAACAUGAAUUUUUCAAUUCACUGCCUGUCAUUGGUUGGCUUCAUUUGAUAGAGACUCUAAAGAAAUUGGUGUCUUUCUAAACGCUUGAUGGUUUUAGGUGUGGAAGUAUACACAGGUCAUUUCCACACUUGCCACAGUUCAGCCAUGGAUGUACCCACUGACAGCUGCUGAUUUCCUUCAGCCCAUCUUGUUAAUUGGCUCCUUGCAUUGUUUGGAGUGGAAAUGUUUGAAAAAUGAGUUGUUUCCAGCAUGUUGAACUAUUUUUUUUUUAACAAUUAGGUGCCCAAUAAAGAUGUUUUACUUUGCUAUUUUCUUCUCCCAACAUUCUGGUUAGACAACUUAUAACUAUGGGAUCAAACAUGUCAGGCUUACCUUUUCUAAUCAUGGUGAUUUUCCACUGUUCACAGCCUUGUUCUGCAGCACCAGUCCUGAGAAGCCUAAAGGAAACCAUUUAUUCCAUCUUAGCUCAUCCUGUAUGGCAGACAUCCCAUCACCACAUUUAUAUGCUGUGUUCCUGUACCCCUUUUACCUGUUUUUAUCUGUGCUUCACUGACCAACUGCUGCGCUUAACAGGAGAUAUUGUUACAGCUACUUCCACACUGUUUACAAACCUCAGCACAGCAUUAUCAACAAUUUCUAUAGCAUCUUUAACACAAUGAGAUGCCCCAAAUCACUUCAUAGGAGUAUAAUAAACAAGGUAUGACACUGAGAUGUUUGGUCAGAUGACCUAAGACUUCUCAAAGAUGAAGACUUUAAACUUAUGAAACUAAUUUUCAAUCUGAGACCAUUUAAUACUUGAGAAUUAAUGUGACUGCCAGGUGUUAGUGGACACAAAUGGCUAUAAGGCAACAUAGUAACAUUAAGUUUAUAAGUAUUAGAAUUUGGGUAUUAUAGGUCACCAUUUACUGAAUGUAUCAAAUAAAUGAAAGACUUUUAAAAA